AUGGCCUUUACAAUGCAUUCCCACUCGGGGCAGUUCUGCCCCGGCCACGCUGCCGAUGAGCUCGAGGACAUCAUCAAGCACGCUAUAUCUGUUGGGUAUAAAACCAUUGGCCUUACAGAGCACAUGCCACGCUAUGAGGAGCGAGAUCUAUAUCCCGAAGAGCUCGACGACCCCAAAGCCUCCCUCGCCGUCCUCCCUCCCCGCCACAACGCCUACAUCCUCGAAGCCCGCCGCCUCCAAAACGCCUACGCCUCCCAAAUCCACAUCAUCAUCGGCUUCGAAGCCGAAUUCAUCCGCCCUUCCUUUGCGCCUCUCGUCCAAAACCUCUUUGCAGAAUCGCCCCAUCUGGACUACUUCAUCGGAUCGCUUCACCAUGUGCACAGCAUCCCCAUCGACUUCGACAAGGCCAUGUACGCGGCCGCCGUGAAAGCAGCGGGCGGCUCAGAAGAGCGCGUGUAUGAGGAUUACUACGACUUGCAGUAUGAGAUGCUCAAGGCGCUGAAGCCGCGGAUUGUGGGCCACUUUGAUCUCAUUCGGCUGAUGAGCGAGGAGCCGGGCAGGGAUGUACGGCAGUGGGAGGGCGUGUGGCAGAGGAUCAAGAGAAAUCUCGAGUACGCUGCCGAGAUUGGGGCCUGGCUGGAGUGCAACACGUCGGCUCUUCGAAAGGGCCUCGCGGAGCCAUAUCCAUGCAGAGUCAUUUCAGAGCAAUGGCUUCAACUGGGCGGCAAAUUCACAAUGUCAGACGACAGCCACGGACUCGCCCAAGUAGCAACAAACUACUCACGCGCCCUCACUUUCUUGGAAAGCCUCGGCGUUGAGCAAGUCUGGACAUUCCAGCGCCAGGGCCAUCCCGAAGCUGGAGAAGUCACAAAGGCUGCGCUCACCGACGUGAGCGUUUCUCUCAAGGAAUUCCGCCAACAUUUCUUAUAG